UAGUGUUACACUUAUAAGCCAGAACAUUUUUAUUGCCGACUAGAAAACUCCUCUGUGAUUUGAUUACAAACAGUUCGGUUUCGGCGGGGAAAAAGUGCUGUCGAGCCGCGAGUGUGAACUGAUUGUUUGAGAAACCGGAAUAUCAACAUGACAUGAGCUUGACAUACCUAACCUGGAUGCUGCAAUAGUAUUGAUGCGCGGCUUUUGGGAUUGGAAAAUGGUAAUUACUAUUAGAUAGUUCUAAAUUCUUUUGACAUCAUCUGCAAGAGGUAAACAUGGAAGUAGAAGACAUCAUGUGCGACCAAGGAAUUAUGAGAACUGAGCUUAGUAUGGAGAUUGAAACUGACUCUACCACUAUUAUUACUAUUUCCGCCACACGAUUUCGUCUAGCGAUUACCGUUUUAACGAGAGCAGUUCUACCGACAGUGAUACAAGUUUGUUAUAAAUGCCUUCGCAAUCAAAAAGUGGUCUUGGACAACGUUCGUCAUCAAAUAAUUCCAACUAUUUUUGCUUUCCUAGCAAAUAAUAUUUCUCGAUCCUUAUCAUCAGUGCAAAGGGGAUUAUUUUACCCUCUACUGUUGAGAGCUACAAUUACUCCAUCUUCUACCCGAGAUGAAGAUUUUCCCGAAGAAUGUGUGGAUUGCGUUGUAUUACAUGAACCGUCUGGUUCGAUCGUGGUAGACAUUAUAUUUAUUCAUGGUAUUCAUGGUUCCUUGCAAAAUACUUGGAAGCAAGGUUUGUGGGCAAGUGAUAGAAACAAAAUAAAAAAGGCAGUUUUGGAACGAAGUCAAACCUCCUCAGAAUUAAAUCGCCAGCUGCCAAACAGCCCACUGAAACGAUCUAUCUCUGACUACUCAUCAUUGCGACCAAGUAAGCUUUCAAAAUUGGAUUCGACCUCAUUUAAUAACAACAUAGAAAUUGAUAACGAGGGAUUAGACGAUGAAUUUUCAAAAUGCUGGCCUAAAGAUUGGCUAUCGAAAGAUUAUCCAAACGCAAGAAUCAUAUCUCUUAAUUAUUCAACUGACCCGUAUCUAUGGCGUCCUGUUUGGGUAAAGAAAAAAAAUAGGUCUGGCAUACCAGAACGAAGCCUUGAAAUGAUAAAACAUUUAGUAAAGUUGCAAGUAGGUCGCCGUCCAAUAGUUUGGGUAGGUCAUUCUAAAGGAGGUCUUUAUAUCAAACAAAUUAUUGUUCACGCGUGGGAACAGAACGCUGAAGAAAUGAAAUACUUGUACUUGCAGAGUAAGGGAAUUAUGUUUUACAGCGUUCCUCACAGAGGUUCGGUGCUUGCUGAUAUUACUUUACCAUUUUUAAGCAGAAGUGUAGAACUUUUAGAAGUUCAAAGAAAUGGCUGUUUUAUACUAGACUUGCAUAGGAAAUUUUUAAACAUGUUAGAACAAAGUAAGAUAAAUCCGGAAGUCUUUAGCUUUUUUGAAACAUCUUUAACGUUCAUGUCCUUUGUUUAUCUAAGAAUAGUGGCCGCCGACUCUGCAGAUGCUGGAGUAGGUGAAAAAUGGGGUGUACCAUUAGAUCAUCGAGAAAUAUGCAAACCUUCAAGUCGGCAGUGCUUUUUAUACAAGGAGUUGUUGAGAAUAAUAGAAAAAAUUCUUUGUUAGCAUUGGAAUUUAAAAAAAUACUUGCUGCAAUUACAUUGUAGUAUUAUUAAUAUAGAAUGAGAAUGGAAAAAACGGGUCUUGUAUAAGUGGACUGUUUGUACGUGGUAUGACAAAACGAGGACUACCAAAUGCAAAUAAGAUAGUCAUUUUAAUUGUUCCCUAAAUAUAGGUACAUAGUUCAAUCCCAUUACAUUGUGAUAAUUUAAAUAAAUAUGUGCCAGAGUGUAUUUAACCACAAAAACUAGAUAAACCAUCCUAACUGUGGUGUCACACUAUGCGUUUUUACCGCUCCUGCUAAAACGGAUGCGGUUUUGGUUUGACAGAAUAUGAUGUGGUUGCAUCCUCGCCCGCAUAUAUGUGACCAUAUGUGACUGGUACCAUUUAAUAACUUGUGAUAUUAUCAUCCCGUCAAACAGGAGCGUUUUAGCGGAAGCGGUAAAAACGCAUAGUGCGACACCACACUAUCGCAAAAUAUAUGAAACUUUUGCAAAAGUACUCAUGAGUAUGUUACAUUGCUUCAAUUAGAUUAUUACAUAGUUUGGUAGGUCUACUUAAUGUGAUUGUACUUUAAAUUGAAUUAAGUAGGCAUUUAAUAAUUAUCUAUUUUUUUAAAUAGACAAAAAGUGAGAUAUUUGUUAGGAAAGCGAUAAUAAUUUAUUACAUGUUAUAAAUAUUUAAAUUAAUAUUAUAUUAUAUGUUUAAUAAAUAUUUAAAAUAAUAAACACAAUAUUCCAAGUAUGACAAUCCAUUUAAAUUUAAAAAUAUUUGUAGUUAUUGGUAGGUAGAUACAAGAUAUUUUAAAACAGGUGUAUUUUUAUUAUUUAGCAGGCAAAAUAUUAUUGUAUAGUGUACUUGCCAUUCAAACUCACUAAAUGUAAAUUUGACUGUUACAAAUUCACUCAAACGCGUUCAUUGGACAAACCUACAGUACCUAUAAUACUAGAUAGAUAAGCUAAUUUACAAAACAAUUGUUUUCGUCAUAAGUAUCGUUAAAUUAUACCUAUACCUUUACAUAUUACAUUCGUCACCUACCCAAACAAUAGCUGUAUAAAUGUAUAGUACUUCUUAUUAAUAAGGUGCCACCUCUAUACAUAUAAUACAUACAUUACUACUCAGUAAUCAUAAAUAAAACAACAGCAUGUUAGAAACCAGUUGUACAUCAGCACAUGCAUGAUGAAAGCAC